CGGUGAAAAGCGCAAGCUUUCCCGGAACCGCUGUAGUGGGUGUAUGGGCAGCGUUGACCGGCGGCCCUGCUCCGAGCUUUCAGCUUUCUUGGCAUUGUCCGUGCAAUGCGUUCUCAAGGACUGCUCGGCCACCUCAACCCAGCGUCGACCUAAACAUUUCGUUGGAUGGACUAAACCCGAAAUUUCAGGUGACAUCGAUUGGUGGUUUACAGCUGGAGAAUGUGAUACUUAUUCUGGGUUUUGUCAUCGGAUCAGCAGGACACCAUCAACUUGCGUCUCGUUUUACAUCCACCAUCCGGCCUCACUCAACUGGCCCAAGCCAAGCUAUCUACACACAACAUGCCGGUCGAUUCUUCUAGUCCAACAGGUACCCAAGCAUCUACUCCACAUCCGACAAGUACUUUGACUUCAAAGAAAUCCCAGGUUAAUACCAGCCAGCUUCUCAAUCAACCCGUUCACCUGCUUCCACCCCCUCCUGCCGGUCCUUUGCCACUUGAUCCUGGAUCAAUCGAUUCUACCGCGGGGUCAUCGGCCGCCGCAAUCGCCCGAUCCGCUGCUUCAUCCAUGGCUUUCAUCUUCAAGCGCCCCCCGCUUCGCUUUUUUCGUCCAGUCAAAAUUUCGACAUAUGGGGCUUUACAAGCUAUGGCUGAAGAGCGUGGUAGGCCAGUAUCCAUCAAAUUCGUUCAGUCGGUAAUCAAGAAAGAAGGUCCCUGGAAAUUCAUCCUCAAUCACGCCCUACCACCAUUCUGCUUCAACACCCUCAUCGGAUUGACUCUAUUUACAACUUAUACGACUGCGGAAAAUGAACUGCUGAAAUCAGAGCCUCAUCUACAUCCUUACCUGGUACCCGCCCUCGCUGGCAGCGCGGCUGGAGCCGCUCAGAGCUUGAUUUCAGCUCCACUCGAUAAUCUCAGGCUGUUACAAGUCAGUCAGUCCAACUCAGGCAUCGGAUCAUCUGCCUCAUCGACGAAAGUUCACUUUAAAGGAUGGAUCCCAUUGCUCAAACAAGUCAUGCUUCCAUUAUCUCUCAACUCACAUCCUACCUCAAGCUCGACAGAUUCCGAACGAUUUAAGCUCUGGGCUAGUAGAGGAUGGGGUAUGUUGGGAUUAAGUGUCGUAAAAGAUUCGCUAGGAUUUGCAACCUUCUUCACAAUCUUUCAAAUCGGACGCGAUUUAGGCAAAAGAUUAGCAAACUCGGUUGAUCGAUCAAUUCACAUCGUCUGGACCGGCUCCCAGGAUGAUCAAGAGUUUGUGGGCGCGAGAGGCUGGACGGGACGGAUCCUACAAUCUUGCGUGAUCGUACUAAGUGGUGCAACGGCUGGUUGGGCCUACGGUAUCAUCGCUGAACCUUUCGAGACGCUCCGUCGGGCUUUAUGGCAAGCACGACUAGAUUGGGCCUCAGUCCAUCUAAACAACAUCCGAUCAAACAAAACCAAGCUUACAAGCAAAUCAUCUCCGCAUCCAACUCAGCAUGCUCAUCCUCCCUCACACACUCACUCUCACCAUUCCAAUUCUACCGGUUUCAAAGGAAUUCGAUUGGGUCAUUACUUGAGGAGCAAAAAAGCAAAAGUCAAUCAUCACACCGCUUUGCCAUCAUCCACAUCGCAAGCCCAAUCCCACAAGGUUUGUGCACCAUUGAUGCAAUCCAACAAGCCACCAUCAAUCAUAAAAAUCUUAAAUCACAACUUUCAGAAAAGGCCACAAGGUUUCCGAAUUUUCAGCGAACUAAUUUCAAUUAUCAAGCGUCCUAAGAUUAGACUCACUGACUCUAAUAGUACCAAUGGAAUGAAGCUUGAUGCAUCUGAGCAUCUUUUUCACUCGUUUCAUACCCGGUCAAAAAAGAAACCAUUGUCUCUAAAGGCUGCUACUCGAGUCACUCGGUUCAGAAGCUUUAUAUUUUCACCUUAUUCAAUUGGAUUCUUUGUUUGGGCAGUUUAUAGUGGCGAUCUGACUGUUUGAGUAAGCAUUGUAUGAUCCAAUAUUUGCCAUUCUUGUUUUUAUUUGAUGACCCAUGUUGUCUAGACUUGGCCAUAGUUGAGGGGUGCUGAGGACAGAAUGAAGCAAAGAACUCCUGUGUGGUUCAUUGCUUUUAAUAUAUAUCAGCCAUGAAUCUCCUGAUCUUGCCCUGCAUUUUUUGGGUACAAUUGACCAGUUUUGG